GCUUCCAGCGGAACGUUUUGGGACUGUUUAGCUUGAUUUCCUUCAUGGCUAUUGCGCGCUUUCGCCUCGUUCGGCGUUCCGAGUUUGCCACUUUGCUGCCCGGCGGAGAGCGGACACUCCGGCCGGCGGUCGCCCGCCCGCUCGCUCGCUCGGGUGCCUCAGCAGCGGACAAGUGUCACUCCGAUGCGGUCGUGAUGACGGCCGACGCUCUCGUCGGGGUUCGCCGACGGCCCGACAGCCCGACAGCCUGUCAGCCGCGGAGGACGAGAAGUUAUCUUUUGACUUGUCGGGAAAGGCGAUUGAAAAAGUGCCGGCGGGCCGCUCGGUUUUGCGUCCGCCUCGCGUGCUUCCUUCCUCCGCCUCGUCUUCAUGUUCGGCCGCCUCGCGGAGGUCCUCCCCCUGCGGCGCUGGGCGGAGUUUCCUACCGGAGCAGACGCUCCUUGUGUCGGAUCGCUUUCGACCUGACUCCCCGGGGCUUCGGGCACAAAGAAAGGACGCCGCGGAUGCGAAAACGGCCGCCGAAGCGCGACGCGGUAUUCGAGAGCGUACGGAGCGGCUAGCGGAACCGCAAGCAGAGGGGGCAGAGUCACCUCGAGCAGACACCGUGCGAUGAACGGCAGCGGCGUUUCUGCGCCUCAGAGCGGCAGACUUAAGAUCAUCAAAGACGAGUGGCGUCAGGAGGACUGUCUGACCCUGCUGGAACGAAUUCGCAGCCUGCUGCCCGACGGCGACGCCAUGAAGUACAAAACCACCGAGUCGCACUUUGACUGGGACAAAGUCGGCUUCGGGAACUUCACGGGGGAAAUGUGUCGGCAGAAGUGGAGCAAAGUUUCCACGGAGGUGCGCAAGUACCGAACCAUGACGGAGCUCAUCAUGGACGCCAUCGACUUUGUGAAAAACCCUUACAAAGGCAAGAAGCUGAAGACGCAUCCCGACUUCCCCAAGAAGCCCCUGACUCCGUACUUCCGCUUUUUCAUGGAGAAACGAGCCAAGUAUGCCAAAAUCCACCCGGAGAUGAGCAACUUGGACCUGACCAAGAUUCUGUCCAAGAAGUACAAGGAGCUGCCCGACAAGAAGAAGCAAAAAUAUGUGGCCGAGUUCCAGAGGGAGAAGGAAGCCUUUGAGAAGAACAUGGCCCGAUUCAAGCACGAGCACCCCGAGCUGAUAGAGGCCAGCAAAAAGUCGGACCUGCCCGAAAAGCCCAAAACUCCGCAGCAGCUUUGGUACAACCACGAGAAGAAAACCUACAUGAAGAUGCACCCGCAGGUGAGUCAGAAGGAGCUGAAGGAGGUUUUGAGGAGGCAAUGGUCGCAGCUGUCAGACAAGAAGAGACUCAAGUGGAUCAGCAAAGCGUUGGAGCUCCAGAAGGACUACGAGGACAGCAUGCGAGCGUAUCACGAAGCUCAUCCGGACGUCGCCAACUCGGACGAUCACGUCCGCUCCGUCCUCACAAAAGCCGAAAGGCAACUCAAGGAUAAAUUUGACGGGCGGCCGACGAAACCUCCUCCUAACGGCUACUCACUGUACUGCGCUGAGCUGAUGGUGAACAUGAAGGACGUCCCGAGUACGGAGCGAAUGGUGCUGUGCAGCAAGCGCUGGAAGAUGAUGACCCAGAAGGAGAAGGACCUGUUUCAGAGGCGCUGCGAGCAGAGGAAGAAGCAGUACGACAUGGACCUGCACAGGUUUCUGGAGAGUCUCCCGGAAGAGGAACGAGACCGAGUCGUGAGCGAGGAGAAGCUGGGUGGCGCCCGGGUUCCGGCGGGCGCAGUCUCCAGUCCGCACAGAGCCAAGUCGCCGCCUAUCAAGGACGAGGCGCAGCCUGAGCUUUGGGCGCCCCAGGGCGCCAAGGAGCGACGCGACCCCAAGAAGAGCGGCAAGCUCCCCGACUCCCCCAAAACGGCCGAGGAGAUGUGGCAGCACAGCGUCACCGCCGACUUCCUCGCCAAAUGCAGAAGCGACCGCAGGAAGGCGCAAGCGGCCAUGGAGGACGCGUGGAAGGCCAUGGAGAAGAAGGAGAAGAUUCCCUGGAUCAAGAAGGCCGCUGAGGACCAGAAGCGAUACGAGAGGGAGCUGCUGGACCGGAGGCCGAGUCAGAAGAAGGCCAAGUUCGACGGAGAACCAAAGAAACCUCCGGUGAGCGGCUACCAGAUGUUCUCUCAGGAGCUCCUGACCAAUGGGGAGCUGAACCACUUCAGCCUGAAGGAGCGAAUGGUGGAGAUCGGCAAACGUUGGCACACGCUGACGGCGAGCCAGAAGGACGCCUACAAGAAACACGUGGACGCUACGCAGGCGCGAUACCGCGUGCUGCUGGACGCCUGGCUUCAGGCUUUGUCUCCGCAGGAUCGUGCAGCCUACAAGGAAUUCUCCUCCUCGAAGCGCCGUAGUACGUCGAAAGCCGGGGGCGGCCCCGCCCCCAAAAUGCCGGCGACGGCCAAGGGCAAAGCGACGGCCUCCAAGGCGGCGCCUCCAGCGGCGGCCAAACGGGCGAUGGCGUACCGGGCCAAGCAGGAUGUGGAGUCCGACUCUGACGACGACGACAAGAGCGACUCGUCCGAUUCCGACGAUGACGACGAGGAAGACGAGGACACCUCCGGCAGCUGCGACAGCGAAGACGACGAGCACGACGACGACGAGGAUGAAGAGCAGACGUCUUCCGACCAAUCCAGUGACUCUGACUAGCUCCGCCUGCUCUUUGGUGGGGUGGAGCUUUUUUUGAUUUUUUUUUUUUUUUUUCCUCUCAGACAGGAGGCGGGGUUUGUACAGAGGGGAAGGGGUCUUCUUCAAAAUAAAAGCACUUUUUUUUUC